AUGGAUAUCACUGAUAAGAUAUGUAAUAUUUGUUUGAUGAUCUGCGAUAACACUUUUUCUGCAAAAGCUUACAAAAGUUUUUUUACUGAUGUUUUAGGUUAUAAGGAUUUAAAAGUAAAGUUUAUAUGCAUAUGGUGCACAGUAUCACUGAAGAAAGUAAUAAAGUUUGUAAAAUUAAUUGAAAACUCUCAAAAUAAAUUUAAAAGUUCUGAGGUCAAACGAAGCAAUCAUCACCCAUCUACUUUAACAAUAUACAGAAAUGAAUCAAUAGAUAUUAGUCCAUUUGAUGAAAUUUGUUUAAACGAGAACAAUUUAAUAGAAAAAAGUUUGAAUGUGAAUGAAAAUGUUGAAAAAGAAGCUGAUACUGUUAUUUGUGAAAACGAAAGUCCCAAUUACAAAGAAAUGCAGUUUGAAGUUAAAUUUUUAACAAUCGAAGAGCAAAAGGAUGAAAUAAAUAAGAAGAAAACGUUUGAGAAAUAUUUAAAUAAGCCAUACAAAUGUGAAAAAUGUGGUAUAAGUUUUCUGACAGACGAUGUUUAUGAAGAUCAUGAAAAAAGGCAUAUGGAGACAUUCGGUCCACACAAAUGUGGAAUCUGCGAUCUUAAAUUCAAAUCAGCAUUAGUUUUGACACAGCAUUUGCUCUCCCAUUCCAGAAAUUUUGUAUGUAAUUUAUGUAACAUGGUGUUCAAAAGAUGGAAUCAAGCGAACUGUCACAGAUUUAAAUGUGGAUAUAUGAAGUUUAUGGCUGCUUGUGAGAUUUGUAAGAAAAUAUUUGAUAAUAACCACUCUUUAAAAGUCCAUAUACAGGGUGUGCAUAAAAAGGAGAAGAAAUUCAUAUGUGAAUAUUGUAAGGACAAGUUUAGUACGAAACAGAGAUUGAGAGUUCAUAUCAGAUCCCACACCGGUGUAAAACCAUUCAAUUGCGAUAUUUGCAAUAAGAAGUUCACAACCAGUUCGAAUUUAAAGUAUCAUCAAACAACGCAUACAAAAAGAAAAGAUUAUUAUUGUGUGGAAUGUAACACUCUGUAUAAGAGUGGCAAAAGUUUAAAGAAGCAUUUGAAUGAAUCGAAAAAACAUGUACGGGAUUGCGAGAAAAGAUACUCGUGUACGGUUUGCAGUAAGCAGUUUUCAUCAGAAACAUCUCUGUCGUCACAUAUAAAGGGGCGACAUUUAACAAGCCACGAAUGCGAUAUUUGUAAUAAAACGUUUUCAAGCAAUUCCAAUUUAAAGAAACAUAUUCGGUGUAUUCACGGGCCUAGAGAA